ACUUACCAAACAAAAUAUCAAAUGCAAACACAGCACAUGCAACAACACCCCCACCACCACUUCGUGCUUGUCCACGGAUCAUGUCAUGGAGCAUGGUGCUGGUUCAAACUAGCGGCAAAGCUCAAGGCCGUUGGUCACCGCGUGACAGCUGUUGAACUUGGUGGGUCCGGGAUCGACACAAGGCGGCUCGACGAGGUUCGUUCUGUCUCGGAGUAUCUAGAGCCUUUGAUGAGUUUCAUGGAGUCUCUUCCUGAGCAAGAAAAGGUGGUUCUUGUUGGUCAUAGCUACGGUGGCAUUGGAACCUCUCUCGCCAUGGAAAGAUUUCCGACCAAAAUCUCUGUCGGAAUCUUCCUCUCUGCUUAUAUGCCGCACCAUGAGUCUCCUCCGUCCGUUCUCAUUCAAGAGUAUUUUAAGAGAUUACCUGAAGGAUUCGCCAUGGAUUCUCAGUUUACAUUCGAGGAAGGACCAGAACAACUGCCAAGUUCAGUUAUGUUCGGUACUAGUUUCUUGAAGGAGAAGGCAUAUAGUAAUUGCCAGUUAGAGGAUCUAGAAUUAGCCAUGGCGUUGGUGAAACCGAGCUGGUUAUACCCAAAGGAACUGGAAGGUGAAGAUUUGCUGACGAAGGAGAGUUAUGGAUCUGGGAAGAGAGUGUUUAUUGUCUGUGAAGGCGACAAUGUGGUUCCAGAGGAGAUUCAGAAGUGGAUGAUUAGUAACUACGAGCCUAACGAAGUGAAGGUGAUUGAAGAAGCUGGUCACAUGGCUAUGCUCACUAAGCCUCAACAACUUUCUCAACUGUUACAGGAAAUAGCAACGAGAUACAACUGAAAUGUAAUAUUAACAGCGUAUAGACUUGUCCAAAAGUUACGCUAGCUCUCGAGUGUGUAUCUCUCACGCUUCAAUUAUAUUUAUGAUAUGAAUAAGAGAGCUUUACUAUUUUGUGGUUCUUAAUAUUCUACAUUACAUUCGUUACUUAAAUUGACUAAGUCAGUUUCACACUAGCUUGACCAGAGUAUC